UCGUCGCGUCGCGUCCCCCGUUUCGUCCUCUCCGCCGCCGCCUCCUCCUCCUCCUCCUCCGCGUCGUCCCCGUCCCCGCCGCUAGGGUUGCCGCGCCCCCACGUCGCCGCCGAGGAGGCGAAGCGAGAGAUUAGAUUGGAUUGGUGGACAGGGGGGAUCACGUUCGAUAGGUCGACAUGGAGGGGGCGCUGGUUCAGUCCGCGAUUGCUCCGACCAUAUAUAGGAGGAGCAGCACCGCACGGUUCCGUGUGCGUGCGAGGGCCACAAUGAUGCGUACCAUGCCAACCAGGACCCUUACUCUUGGGGGUUUCCAGGGCCUGCGGCAGACAAAUUUCCUGGACUCGAGGUCGGUGGUUAAACGUGAUUUUGGCGCUAUUGUAGCAAGCCAGAUUUCACGCCACCGGGGAUCUGCGUCAAGAGGAGUGGUCCGUGCCAUGUUUGAGCGCUUCACGGAGAAGGCAAUCAAGGUGAUUAUGCUUGCCCAGGAAGAAGCAAGACGCCUGGGCCACAAUUUUGUUGGAACAGAGCAAAUUCUGCUGGGCCUUAUUGGUGAGGGCACGGGAAUUGCAGCGAAGGUUCUUAAGUCUAUGGGCAUCAAUCUUAAGGAUGCCCGUGUGGAAGUUGAGAAGAUCAUUGGACGAGGCAGUGGGUUUGUGGCUGUUGAAAUCCCAUUCACACCUCGUGCAAAGCGUGUGUUGGAAUUAUCACUUGAAGAAGCUCGCCAGCUAGGGCAUAACUAUAUAGGAUCUGAGCACUUACUUCUGGGCCUACUUCGUGAGGGUGAAGGUGUUGCAGCACGGGUGCUGGAAAGUCUUGGUGCUGAUCCAAACAACAUUCGUACCCAGGUCAUAAGAAUGGUUGGUGAAAGCACAGAAGCUGUUGGCGCUGGAGUUGGUGGCGGAAGCAGUGGCCAGAAGAUGCCUACUCUCGAAGAGUAUGGUACUAAUUUGACUAAGCUGGCAGAAGAGGGUAAACUAGACCCUGUUGUUGGCAGACAAGAUCAAAUCGAGCGUGUAACUCAAAUUUUGGGAAGGAGGACAAAGAACAACCCUUGCCUAAUUGGAGAACCUGGUGUCGGAAAGACUGCUAUUGCUGAGGGGCUUGCACAGCGUAUUUCCAAUGGGGAUGUUCCAGAAACAAUUGAAGGAAAGAAGGUUAUUACUCUUGACAUGGGGCUCCUUGUUGCUGGUACCAAGUACCGUGGAGAGUUUGAAGAAAGACUGAAGAAACUUAUGGAGGAAAUCAAACAAAAUGAUGACAUUAUUCUCUUUAUUGACGAAGUGCAUACGUUAAUUGGAGCAGGUGCAGCUGAAGGUGCAAUUGAUGCAGCUAACAUCUUAAAACCAGCUCUUGCGAGAGGUGAACUGCAGUGCAUUGGUGCGACAACACUGGAUGAGUACAGGAAACAUAUUGAGAAAGAUCCAGCUUUAGAGCGUAGGUUUCAACCAGUUAAGGUUCCAGAGCCAACUGUUGAUGAAACAAUACAAAUCUUGAGAGGACUUCGGGAGAGAUAUGAGCUGCAUCAUAAGCUGCGAUACACAGAUGAUUCUUUAAUUGCUGCAGCACAAUUGUCAUACCAGUACAUCAGCGAUCGCUUCCUGCCUGACAAGGCCAUUGACUUGAUUGAUGAGGCAGGAUCUCGUGUUAGGCUCAGACAUGCACAGCUCCCUGAUGAAGCCAAGGAGCUGGACAAAGAGCUUCGACAGGUGACCAAAGACAAGAACGAGGCUGUCCGUGGCCAAGACUUUGAGAAGGCUGGGGAAUUAAGAGAUCGGGAAAUGGAGCUGAAGGCCCAAAUUACAGCCAUUAUUGACAAGAGCAAGGAAAUGGUUAAAGCAGAGACUGAAUCCGGUGAAGUUGGUCCUCUUGUCACUGAGGCAGAUAUUCAACAUAUCGUGUCCUCUUGGACUGGAAUACCUGUGGAGAAAGUCUCAUCUGAUGAGUCUGACCGUCUCCUUAAGAUGGAGGAGACACUCCAUACACGUAUCAUUGGUCAGGAUGAGGCGGUCAAAGCUAUUAGCCGUGCUAUCCGCCGUGCUCGUGUUGGCCUCAAGAACCCGAAUCGGCCCAUUGCUAGCUUCAUCUUCUCUGGACCGACUGGUGUUGGUAAAUCAGAAUUAGCAAAGGCUCUUGCAGCCUACUACUUUGGCUCAGAGGAGGCCAUGAUCAGACUAGACAUGAGUGAGUUCAUGGAGAGACAUACAGUCUCCAAGCUCAUUGGGUCACCUCCAGGUUAUGUUGGUUACACUGAGGGAGGUCAACUGACCGAAGCAGUUCGCCGUCGUCCAUACACAGUCGUGCUCUUUGAUGAGAUUGAGAAAGCACAUCCUGAUGUCUUCAACAUGAUGCUUCAGAUAUUAGAAGAUGGAAGACUAACUGACAGCAAGGGACGGACAGUUGAUUUCAAGAACACACUGUUGAUCAUGACAUCAAAUGUUGGAAGCAGCGUCAUUGAGAAGGGAGGACGGAAGAUUGGAUUUGACCUUGACUAUGAUGAGAAAGACACCAGUUACAACAGGAUCAAGAGCUUGGUGACUGAAGAGUUGAAGCAGUACUUCCGUCCUGAGUUCUUGAACAGAUUGGAUGAGAUGAUCGUGUUCCGGCAGCUUACAAAGUUGGAGGUUAAGGAGAUUGCUGAUAUUAUGCUCAAAGAAGUGUUUGACAGACUCAAGGCAAAGGACAUCGACCUCCAGGUGACAGAGAAGUUCCGGGAUAGAGUUGUCGAUGAAGGUUACAACCCGAGCUAUGGUGCCAGGCCUUUGCGGCGUGCUAUUAUGAGGCUUUUGGAGGACAGCUUGGCAGAAAAGAUGUUGGCUGGCGAGGUCAAGGAAGGUGACUCUGCUAUUGUUGAUGUGGAUUCAGAGGGUAAGGUGAUCGUUCUGAAUGGUGGGAGUGGGGUUCCGGAACCACUGGAGCCUGCUCUGAGUGCCUAAUUGAAGGACAACAUCGUCGGUCUGGAAUCCAGCCUUUUCUUACCUCUCAGUUGGCCUCUCAUCAUGGUAAAAUUAGAUGGCAUAAAUUCCCCUUCAUUUAGGUGUUCACUUUCCUCUUCUUAUUUUUCCAACAGAGGCUGUAGGAAUAUUAUGGAAAUGAAUCAACACAGAUGCAUUUAGCAAACAAACUGUAUGCUAGAUCAUGAGUUGCUCUAUUUUUAAAAGGAUGCCAGAAGCUUUACUCCUUCAAGUGCGUGUAUUCCUUUUGGUAGCAGUAAGAUGACGCUGCACUGUUGUACUUGUACAUUACUCCACACCUGAUGGCUUCCAAUACUUUACACAUGGCUGUAACUUAUUGAAGUGUAGGUGAAUGCUAGGCAUCCUGGCCAUCCAGCAGCUUCUAAUAUAUAAUGAUGAUCUGAAAUAAGAGCGAUGCUAGUUUGGUUUG